GGCAGCGAGGCAACAAGACAGCUACCUUUGGUUUCGGACGCAGCCAUAGACUCGCAGUGUGCUGUGAUUUCUCACGCUGGUGUGUGUGUGUUUCUCAGUAUGGAGGAGAAAGGGGAGGUGAAAGUUCACCAUGGCUUGGGCAUAUCAGGUGACAAUGUGGAAAGUUUGGCUGCUCCGCAGAUGAAAUGUCUCAAAUUAAGAGAAUGACAAGCGAAGGGAAAUACAAUGAAGUGGACGGAGAAAACGAAGCGCUGCCGUUCGAGUAUUAUGACGAUGAUGACGAUUUCGACACGUUCACGGACGGGGACGGAGACUGUGGAUGUGAUGAAGGAGUACUCAUGUUCAGUGAUCCGUUCAACAGUGAAGUGAAACCUCGUAUCCUGCUCAUGGGCCUGAGGCGAAGUGGCAAGUCUUCCAUUCAGAAAGUUGUAUUCCACAAGAUGUCGCCCAGUGAGACUCUCUUUCUGGAGAGCACAAAUAAGAUUUGUCGAGAGGAUGUGUCCAACAGUUCCUUUGUCAGCUUUCAAAUCUGGGACUUUCCUGGUCAGAUAGAUUUCUUCGACCCCACAUUCGACUAUGAGAUGAUAUUUCGUGGAACAGGGGCUCUGAUCUUUGUCAUAGACUCACAGGAUGAUUAUGUGGAGGCAUUGAGUAGACUUCACCUCACUGUUACAAGGGCCUACAAGGUCAAUCCAGACAUCAACUUUGAGGUGUUCAUCCACAAGGUGGAUGGACUGUCAGAUGACCACAAGAUUGAGAAACAGAGGGACAUCCACAAACGAGCCAAUGAUGAUCUAGCCGAUGCUGGUUUAGAAAGGAUACACUUAAGCUUCUACCUGACAAGCAUCUAUGAUCAUUCUAUUUUUGAGGCCUUCAGUAAAGUUGUGCAGAAACUCAUCCCUCAGCUUCCAACCCUUGAGAAUCUGCUCAACAUUUUCAUAUCUAAUUCAGGGAUUGAAAAGGCUUUUCUCUUUGAUGUGGUCAGCAAGAUUUACAUAGCGACAGACAGCAGCCCGGUGGACAUGCAGACCUAUGAGUUGUGCUGUGACAUGAUAGAUGUAGUUAUUGACAUCUCAUGCAUCUAUGGGUUGACUGGAGAUGAGGCUGGAACUCCCUAUGAUGAAGAAUCCAUGGCCAUAAUCCACCUGAACAACACCACAGUGAUGUAUCUAAAGGAGGUCACCAAAUUCCUUGCCCUGGUGUGCUUCCUUAGGGUAGAGAGUUUUGAGAGGAAAGGACUUAUCGACUACAAUUUUCACUGUUUCAAGAAAGCCAUAGAGGAGGUGUUUGAUGUGCGUUUGAAAGUGCAGAGAAAUCGGAAGCUUCUAAACCGGAGGAGUUGGAGUAGGCAUACCUUGCCAAACGGAACUCCGUUGCAUCCUCAUUAAAGACAAUCAGACAGCCGUCUAGCCUGUUAUAAUGACUCAAGAGUGAAGGAUUCACACAGAUUUUGCUUGCGCCCUUAUUCAGGGCCACUUAAUGCUCUUUAACAAUCUGAAAUGUCAAUGCAAACUGCAUUGGUGCUCAAACAAACACUUGCGACUUUUACUCACAUAGAGAAAAAUAAACAAACCAUCGAGGUUAUAGCGAUUUUUCCUAAGUUUAACCACUAACCCAAACCUAAACUUAACCAUGAUUUUGAUAGGAAAUUUUGAGAUGCUACUCUGCUCACUACAAUUAUACAGAGCAGUUAUCCGAGUUACCGUAGCCUUUCUGUCAGCUCGAACCAGUCUGGCCAUUCUCUGUUCUCUGUCUCAUUAACAAGGCGUUUCCAUCCGCAUAACUGCCACUCACUGGAUGUUUUUUGUUUUUGUGACCAUUCUGAGUAAACUCCUGAGACUGUUUUGCGUGAUCAUCCCAGGAGAUCAGCAGUUACAGAAAUACUCAAACCAGCCCAUCUGGCACCAACAAUCAUGCCAUGGUCGAAAACACUGAGAUCAAAUUUUUUUCCCGAUUCUGAUGGUUGAUGUGAACAUUAACUGAAGCUCCUGACUCGUAUCUGCUUGAUUUUAUGCCUUGCACUGCUGCCACACGAUUGGCUGAUUAGAUAAUUGCAUGAAUAAGAAGGUGUACAGGUCUUCCUAAUAAAGUUCUCAGUGAGUGUAAAUAUGCAAUGACUAACUAAAUUUGUUCGAGGACGUUUCCUUUCUUAAAAUAAAGUGUUGGAAAAUUU